AUGAAUAACACUAGCAGCAAGGACAAGGGGAAAGCCAUUAUAACCCCAUUGGGGGAUGUGGGAGGUGCCAUGGAGGUUCCACAACCUGGGAAAAGCCUACCCCAAGUGGGAAAUAUGGAUGCCAGCAGCAGCAGUGCCAUCAAGUCUGUUAACAACCAGUGUCCAAAUGGGCCACAAGAUGAAACCCAGGUGACCACUAACAUUCUCACUACUAUAAUUGUUAGUGAUAAGAAUCAUACAGAGCAAUCUGCGAAGCCAAUUCAGUCCCCUAACAAAUUUGGAAGUUUAAAUUUGGAAGGAGGGGAAAUUGUUGUGGAUUUAUCCACAGUCCCUUGUACUAAUAGUGGUGACACUGCUAUUAACAUGAGACAAGUGAAUGAGGUUGUAUCCAUUGGGCAUGAACCUGAGGUUGAGAACUUGCCUGAAGGGGAACAUAAAAAGAAGAAGGGAACUCAACAAUACCAGGUGUGCUGCAAAUUGAAGAAAAUCAAGGAUUCCUUCAAGGCAAAGAGCAGAGAGCUUGGUGAUAUUUCAGAGAGGGCGAAGGAAGCAAAAGAGGCCGUGGAAAACUGCCAGAGAAGGAAGGAGAUCAAAACAUUGCCUUCUUCUUUAAAACAAGGAGGUCAAAACAUUGCCUUAUUCUUUAAAACUAUGACAAGUAGAAGGAACAAAAAGAAAAUCAUUAAUCUUAAGGCAGCAAAUGACAAUGGGGGGGAUGUUGCUAUUAAGGAGGAAGCUACAAAAUUCUUUAGUCAGCUACUGUGUGGUAAUAUGGAUACUUCUAAUUCUGAAACAAGAAGAAACCUACUGGAAUCCCUUCCUAUGGUUGGGAUCAAUGAAGCUGCUCAGAUGAAGCAAGAUUCUCUUGAAAGUGCUAGCUCAAGGAUGGCACUUUUCUCAGAAUUUUGGAUCUUGGUAUCGGUAUAG